AAAAUAAUUUUCAUGCCAAUUGUAGACACGGAUGGAUGUUCCUAACAUACACGGUGGAGCCGGUUCGUUUGCUGCCUUGGCUAACGAGACAGUUCCUGGAUGCAGGCGGUGAACUUCGGAAAAGAAAAAUUCACACGCUGAACGAGCUGAUCGACGACGAUGGAUACGACUUGAUAAUAAAUUGUACCGGCCUCGGUGCACGUGAACUCGCGGGUGAUAACAGCGUCAAGUGUAUCAGAGGUCAAGUUGCUAGGCAUUGAUAGCGUGGUGUUGGGCGGCACUCACCAAGAGAACGAUUUCGAUUGCACCCCACGUAAGGAAGACAGCGAAUUUAUUUACACUGGAUGUCACCGAAUUUUACCUAGUCUCAAGAACGCCGAAGUAACGAAAGAGUGGGUUGGCCUUAGACCUGGGAGGCAUCAAGUCCGCAUCGAGACUGAAGUUCGCAAGUCUCCCAAAGGCAGAGAAGUCACGGUAUUGAAGAGAAGCCUGAAACGAAAAUCGUUCACGAUCGAUCGAAAUUCACGCGGGACACACAUUUUGCAGGUGAUACACAAUUACGGACACGGAGGAAGCGGCGUAACGUUAUGCUGGGGUUGCGCCACGAGCGUCGUGAACAUUGUCGAGAACCUGAUGAACUUGAAGUCAAACCUG